AUGACCUUGGGACAUGAGGGUCACUCACAGAGGUCUAUAAUGGCCACCCUUGAAAAUUUAGAAUUAAAUGAUGCAGCAAGCCUCCAAGCAGAGGAGAAUGAAGAGCUUUCAAGAACCCCGGCUCAAGAAGAACAGUUUAAGUUGUACCUGUCACUGACACAGAGUUUGCAUGAAAUGAGAAGGAGAAAUAGGGAACUAGAAGAAGAAAUAGACAGGUAUAUGGACCUGUGCACAAUGAUGGAGGAGGACUCAGAUGGACAUCAAAAUGGAGAGUUUUCAGGUUAUAAUGCUUCAAGUACAAGUCACUGCGAAGAGGAUACGGUACUGAAACUAAGAGAGAAGCUUGAAAGUAUGGAAACAAAACUACAACAAGAAUUAAUCUGCUGCCAAUGCAAGGAAGAUGAAAAUAAUCUUUUGGAGCAGAAAAUAGCAGAAAGGAAAGCAGCCCGGGAGAACCGUGAAGCGGAAGAGGGUAGAAUAAAGCAGCUUGAAGAGAAAAUACUCAGCCUCAAAGCCGAUAUGGACAAGAACAUGGUAGAGCGAAGUGAGGUAGAAAAUCAUAAGAAAGCCAUUGAAGAGCAAGCUAGGAGUCAACUCAUGGAAAAAAUAAACCAAGAGAACCAAGUCUUACGGGAACUAGCUGCCUCUGAGCAACAGAAAGAUCAGGAAAGACAGGAUUACAUCAUGUCACUGGAGCAUAGAUAUAAGGAAAUUGAACUUGAGAUUGUGGAAACAAAAUCUCGUGCAAUUUCUGUGAAAGCACAACGGAGAACAUUUGAAGAAAAAUAUAGAGCAGAAUUGCAACUUGGAGAACGAUUGAAAUAUGAACUUGAAAAUAUUUACAGCAGUAUUGUGGAGUUACAGAACACCAAGUCCAGGCUUGCCUCUGAGAGAAGGAUGAACAGGCUGUCGCACAUCCACACUCACCACAGAUCUGUCUCAGAGGGAACCAGUGACAGCAGUCUUCAGAAUAUCUUUGGGUUCAACAGCAUAGGGGCCACGAUUUAAGUCCACAUUCAAGAAGGAGAGCUUGGUGGGAUAGCUUAAUAAGGCAGGGCAAUGGUCUAAGCAUUUCCAAGGCAUAAAGUUGGUCCACUUCAAACAAACCUUGAAUGAAUGUGAAAUUGUUAAAUAUGUCAUA